AUGGCUACAGCGCACAUGGCCGUCAGGACUGAGACCUUCCCACAUUCGAAUCCAAUUCCCCAUAGCGAGUCAAUGGGUGCUCGCAUUAUUCCUAUACCAACUCCCACGAUCAAGAUGUCUCCUCCAAGCAACGGCGAUCCCAUGGAGAUCACAUCACCUGCGCCAUCCUCUACUGGCAACAACAACUCCGAUUCCGAUGCCAACGGCAAAUCCAACGAUCGACCCAAGAACUCUCCCGGUCCCGAUUCCAAUAAUGUCGUAAACAAUAAUGCCAAUAGCAUGCCUGCGCCCCCGCCGGCUGCUGCUGCUGUACACCAGCCCAAAAUCGUACAGACAGCCUUCAUCCACAAGCUGUACAAAUCCCAAUAUCCAACACUUGAUUUCAUGGUCCGCGAGCGCUGA